AAAAAAAACAUUAAAGUGAAAUUCCCGAUUUUCUCAUUUUAGAGAGAGAAAAAAGGUGGUGUUUUUUUACUCUCGUUUCUUUAAUUUUCUGGAGAGAGAAUUCGCAAAUUCCCAUUUUCUAGAGAGAGAGAAAGGGGACGAAAUUAUCAUCAUCGAUCAAUUGCUUCUUCAAUCGGCCAAAAUCCAUGUACAAAACGGAAUAUUGGAAUGUGAAUCGAAGAAGAUGAUUAUGGCGAUGAUGCGAUCUUUGAUUCUGUGAUUGAGAUUUGGAAGCUCGUAUUUCUCUUCUCGAAGUUCGGAUUUUAUUUUGCAGCCCUUUUCUCGGAUUAAUCUUCGGAAAAAAUGAACGGUGGUGGUGAUGAUGACGCCGCCGCCGCCGCAGUCUCCGGUGGGAGCGGUCCUCCUCCGUCUUUGGAGUGGCGAUUCUCGCAGGUCUUCGGCGAGCGAGCCGCCGGAGAAGAAGUUCAGGAAGUUGAUAUUAUUUCUGCAAUUGAAUUUGAUAAAAGUGGAGACCACCUUGCAACUGGUGACCGUGGGGGCCGAGUGGUUCUGUUCGAGAGGACAGAUAUGAAAGAUCAUGGCGGGUCAAGGAGGGAUCUUGAGAGGGCAGAUUAUGCUGUUAGACAUCCCGAGUUUCGUUAUAAAACAGAAUUCCAGAGUCACGAACCUGAGUUCGACUAUCUAAAGAGUUUGGAGAUAGAAGAGAAAAUCAACAAAAUCAGAUGGUGUCAGCCAGCAAAUGGCUCAUUGUUUCUUCUUUCCACAAAUGAUAAGACAAUAAAAUUCUGGAAGAUUCAAGAGAAGAAGAUCAAGAAAGUCAGCGAUAUGAAUGUCGAUCCAUCCAAGACCGUGGGAAACGGCAGUCUAGCAAGUUCAAGUAACUCAAGUAGCCCAACUCAGUUUGUUGCUAAUGGACUAUAUGCAGAUGGAGCACAUGGUUAUCUGAGCAAUGACUUCUCUUUCCCUCCAGGAGGAAUCCCAUCUCUGCGUUUGCCUGUGGUAGUUGUAACUAGCCAGGAAACCAGCCUUGCGGCCAGAUGCCGGAGAGUUUAUGCUCAUGCUCAUGAUUAUCAUAUCAAUUCAAUCUCAAAUAGCAGUGAUGGAGAAACAUUUAUUUCAGCGGAUGAUCUGAGAAUAAACCUCUGGAAUUUGGAAAUCAGCAACCAGAGCUUCAAUAUUGUUGACGUUAAGCCUGCAAACAUGGAGGAUCUAACCGAGGUAAUUACAUCAGCCGAAUUUCAUCCAAUACAUUGUAAUAUGCUCGCGUAUAGCAGUUCAAAAGGAUCCAUUCGUCUGAUUGAUCUGCGGCAAUCAGCUUUAUGUGAUACUCAUGCCAAAUUAUUUGAAGAGCCAGAAGCACCUGGUUCAAGAUCAUUCUUCACAGAGAUAAUUGCCUCAAUCUCGGAUAUUAAAUUCUCAAAGGAUGGAAGAUACGUACUUAGUCGCGAUUACAUGACGCUCAAGCUGUGGGACAUAAAUAUGGAUUCUGGUCCAGUAGCAACUUACCAGGUUCAUGAACACUUGAGACCAAAGCUCUGUGAUUUAUAUGAAAACGACUCGAUCUUUGAUAAAUUCGAGUGUUGUCUAAGUGGUGAUGGAUUGCGGGUAGCGUCGGGUUCUUACAGCAAUCUGUUCCGCGUAUUUGGAGUUGCUCCAGGAAGUACUGAAGCGACAACUUUGGAGGCGAGCAAAAACCCGAUGAGGAGGCAAGUUCAAACACCUUCGAGACCUUCGAGAUCCCUCAGCAGUAUAACACGUGUAGUAAGACGGGGAUCAGAAAGUCCCGGGUCGGAUGCAAAUGGAAACGCAUUCGAUUUCACAACGAAGUUGCUGCACCUGGCAUGGCACCCGACCGAGAAUUCCAUAGCCUGUGCCGCUGCAAACAGCUUGUACAUGUACUACGCAUGAGGAGAAGCUCGAUGCACGGGAAAAAAAAAAACACGGUUUGCUCUGCUUCGUUAACAUCCUUUUAAUCCUUUUUUCGGGUUUUACUUCCCUUCCCUCCUUUUACCCUCAAAGACUAAAGAAAAAAAAAAGAGUUUGGGGAGGAAAAAAAACAAAGAACUAAAGUACGUACGGAAGUACGGUUCCCUCUUUAAGACAUGUAACCAGAAGAUGUAGUAACAGAAGCUGUGGCGGUGACAAAGUGAGGCCAUGACUGUCCGAACCGCAAAUCUUAUUAACGAGGAAGAUGCGAAAUCUCGUCCGUUGAGGCAAAGAUUCAUCAGCUCCCCUUCCCCUCUUUUUUUUUUUUUUUGUGUUUUUUGUUAUCUGUUUUGAUCAACGAUAUCUCGGAGAAUUAGAAGAUGAAAAUGUGUUGAUUGUAGUCUAAAUCCUCCAACAACAAAGAACAACAAAAAAAGACCUUUUUUUUUACAGAAGGUAAUGUCUAAUGAUAUUUAUUGGAUUCCCUCGA